GCAGCUCAGCCAUCCAUCCAUCUCAGUUACAUACACCGACCUACGUGCAACGACGAACAACUGAGAGCUAGCAUGGCGAGGUCUGUGCUGCCGGCGGCGGCGGCCAUGGCGGUGCUGCUGGCGGUGGCGGCGGCCGACGUGGGGUCCAUCAUCACGCAGGACGUGUACAACAGCAUGCUGCCCAACCGCGACAACUCCAUCUGCCCGGCCAACGGGUUCUACACCUACGACGCCUUCAUCCAGGCCGCCGCCGCCUUCCCGGGCUUCGGCACCGGCGGCGGCGACGACGACAAGAACAAGCGCGACCUCGCCGCCUUCUUCGGCCAGACCUCCCACGAGACCACCGGUGGCACUAGGGGCGCCGCCGACCAGUUCCAGUGGGGCUACUGCUUCAAGGAAGAGAUCACCCCCACCGAUCCUCCCUACUAUGGACGGGGACCCAUUCAAUUGACAGGGCAGGCCAACUACCAGCAGGCCGGCGACGCGAUCGGCGUGGACCUGGUGGGCAACCCGGGCCUGGUGGCCUCCGACCCCGUGGUCUCCUUCAAGACGGCCAUCUGGUUCUGGAUGACGGCGCAGGGGAACAAGCCGUCGUGCCACGACGUCGCCCUCGGCAACUGGACGCCCUCCGACGCCGACACCGCCGCCGGGCGGGUGCCGGGGUACGGCUGCAUCACCAACAUCAUCAACGGCGGGAUCGAGUGCGGCGUCGGCGCCAACGACGCCAACGUCGACCGCAUCGGCUACUACCAGCGGUACUGCGGCAUGCUGGGCAUCGACGCCGGCGCUAACCUCGACUGCUACACCCAGCAGCAUUUCUGAUGAUCAAACUGCUGAUGAACAGAACAGUCGUUACUACAUAACUCCAUAUACGUAUCGAUAUAUAUACGUAUCCAUGAACAGCUGUGAAUAAGUGGUAUAUGGAUGCCAAUGUGUACCAUGCAUGUAUGUUAUGAUGUCUCAAUAAACUAAGCAUGUCUUCCAGACUGUCCACGAUAAAUCGAAAGUGAACUGCAUGGCCCUGCAUCCUGUGGUCUUGAUUUUA